AUGGCCUCCGCGACUCCAAGAUCAAGAACAAGAAGCGCGGCCACCACCGCCGGUAUCUUCUUCCUCUUCCUUUCUUAUUUGCUUCACGUUCUUGCGGCGGGAAUUUUCGCGCAGCAGAGGCCGUUCUCGAAGGUGGACGGCGGCGGGUGGUGGAAGCUCCUCAGCAACAGCGUCGGGAUCUCCGCAAUGCACAUGCAGCUGCUGCCGGACGACACGGUAGUUAUGUUCGACCGCACCGACACUGGACACUCCAACAUCUCGCUCCCCGACGGCAGCCGCUGCAGCACCGAUUGCACUGCCCAUUCCGUCCUAUUCCACCUGUCCUCCUCCUCCGUCCGCCCUCUCACCAUCCUCACCGACACCUGGUGCUCCUCCGGCACUCUCCUCUCCAACGGCACCCUCCUCCAGACCGGGGGUUUCAGGGACGGCGACCGCGUAAUCCGUUUCUUUUCUCCCUCCCCCCUCUCCGAUUGGGUGGAGCAGCCCUCCUACCUGGCCGUCCGCCGCUGGUACGCCUCCAACCAGAUCCUUCCCGACGGCCGAGUCAUCAUCAUCGGAGGCCGCCGCCAGUUCUCCGGCGAGUUCUUCCCCCGAGACCAGUACUCUGCCUCCCCUGUUUUCCAACUCUCUUUCUUGGUUGAGACGUACGACCGCGAGUCGGAGGGCAACCUGUACCCGUUCCUCCACCUCCUCCCUGACGGCACCCUCUUCAUAUUCGCCAACGACCGCGCCAUCGUCCUCGACGUGGCCAGCAAGCGCGUGAUCCGCAGGCUGCCUCCCAUCCCUGACGGCCAACGAAGUUAUCCCAGCUCGGGCUCCUCUGUUCUCCUGCCCCUCCGCCCGGGGGCGGCAGCGGAGGUUCUUGUGUGCGGCGGCGCGCCCUUGGGGUCCUAUCAGGCCGCGCUCAAUGGAAACUUCCUCCCGGCUCUCCGCUCGUGCGCUCGGAUCAAGCCGUCGGACCCCGAGCCGGCCUGGUCAAUGGAGGACAUGCCACUUGCUCGCGUUAUGGGCGACAUGAUCCUCCUCCCUACCUGCGACGUCCUCAUCGUCAAUGGCGCUGCGGCCGGCACCGCCGGAUGGGAGCUCGCGCGAGAACCCGUGUUGCAUCCGGUCCUCUACCGGCCGGACCUGCCGGAAGGGACCCGAUUCUCCGUCCUGCGCGAGUCGCAAAUCCCGCGGAUGUACCACUCGACGGCAGUGCUGGACACCCACGGGCGGGUGAUCGUUGGGGGCAGCAACCCUCACAGUAGCUACAAGUUCACCAACGUGAUGUUCCCGACCGAGCUGAGCCUCGAGGCUUUCUACCCGCCUUACCUACUGACGGCCGCCGGAGAUCGGCCUCACGUGUUGUCCGCGCCUGCUGAGGUGGGCUACGGAGAGAGGGUGGCAGUAAGGUUCUUGGUGGCGGGGCACUUCCACCGCUCGGGGCAUCAGGAAUUGGAGGACGUGGAGGUGGUGGCCCUGUCGCCGGGGUUCCAGACGCACUCGGUGGGGAUGAACCAACGGGUGGUCGUGCUGGAGACGUCCCAGACGCUGGGACAGUUAGGCGGGUACGAGACGGAGGUGAUGACACCUCCCUCGCCAGCAGUGUCGCCGCCGGGAUACUAUCUCUGGUUCGUGGUGCACGAGGGUGUGCCGAGCAAGGGCGUCUGGGUCAGAAUCGGAUAG